GUGCACAACAAACCCCGUUAUAUGCAUUAACCUUACCAAUUGCCAUACUGUGGACAGAAAAAUAUAUCAGGAAAACUACCGAAAAAAAUCGCCAGAAAGUUAUGGAAUUUGCAGGCCCAGAAGCAGCUAACCAUUACUUUACAAUUUUCGAAACACCUGCAGAAAAGAACGCUUGA